GUGGGGGGGGAAAAAGAACAGCGGCACUAAUUCGAAGAUACCGAAACGUAUGAAUGGCAACGCCAAAAAGACCAGCUGUAACCCUCACGAGUCUCCUUCCCGCACUGUAAAUGUAAAUGAAGCAAAGCAAAAAAGGGCAACAUUUUAUUUAUUUUAAAAGCAAUUCAGAUUAUGUUUACUCGUAAUUUAGGUCGCCGCCAAGCAGAUUGGACUUGUUGCUUAAUUAACCAUCACCUAGGCUCAAAAAUGUCUUUUCGCUUUUAACACUUAAUAAAAUCUUUGCUAGAUUUUCCAGUAAUAACAUCUUAAAAAAGCCCGGCAAAGACCAUCUUCUACUUCAGACUCCCCCCUCCCCUAGAAUUAGCAGAUUCACAUUUUCUGAACUCAAGAUUUCCUUGCCCUAGAUCAUUCCUUUCUUUCCCACAAUAAGCCUCUCGUUUAUUUCAGUUUUUCUCCCCCCAUUAAUGGCACACAUUGCCCAGUUUCAUUAAAGUUUGUUCCUUUGCCAAAGAUUCGGUGAAGGACCAAGCAAGAGCAGAACAAUGAAGAAGCUUUUAUGGGUCCUGGCUGUCGCAGGACUUGCUUUUUGCACUCUUGUUGAUGGCUUCAUGGAACUUAAUGAAACCCAGUUGUCUCUCAUUGAAGCUUAUGAUUAUGGAGUUUCUAAAGUUAAUUAUAAUCCUCUAAUGGUAGGACUUACGCUCAUUACAAGUGCUGCUGCAAAAGGAGCCGUAUGCUUGGAUGGAACAUUGCCUGGAUACCAUUUGCAUCGUGGACACGGGUCAGGAGCAAAUAGUUGGCUUGUUCACUUGGAGGGAGGAGGAUGGUGUAAUAGCAUUAGAACUUGUGUUUAUCGGAAAAAGACACGCCGUGGAUCCUCCACGUAUAUGGAAAAGCAGCUAGCAUUUACAGGGAUUCUGAGUGAUAAAGCUGAAGAAAAUCCUGAUUUUUUUAACUGGAAUAGAGUAAAACUUCGUUAUUGUGAUGGUGCUUCUUUUACCGGUGACAGUGAAAAUAAGGCUGCACAACUGCAAUUCAGAGGACAGCGUAUAUGGUUGGCCGCAAUUGAGGAUUUAAUGGCAAAGGGAAUGCGCUAUGCAAAACAGGCGCUUCUCUCUGGGUGCUCUGCUGGGGGUUUAGCAUCAAUUGUACACUGUGAUGAGUUCAGGGAUAUGUUUCCAAGAACUACUAAAGUGAAGUGCCUGAGUGAUGCUGGCUUAUUCUUGGAUACGAUCGAUGUAUCCGGUGGGCACACCAUCAGGAAUUUAUAUAAUGGUGUAGUAAGCUUACAGGGAGCGAAAAAAAGCUUGCCUAGUUUUUGCACUCGCCAUCUUGAUCCGGCUUCAUGCUUCUUCCCACAGAACCUAAUUGGUCAGAUGAAAACCCCGCUAUUUAUUCUUAAUGCAGCUUAUGACUCAUGGCAGAUACAGUCCAGUUUGGCUCCACCAUCAGCAGAUCCCAGUGGCUAUUGGCAUGAUUGCAGAUUAAAUCAUGCCAAAUGUACUGCAGCACAGAUCAAUUUUUUGCAAGGGUUCAGGAAUCAAAUGCUAAAUGCAAUUAAGGGUUUUUCAAUGUCUAGACAGAAUGGGCUAUUUAUUAAUUCUUGUUUUGCUCACUGCCAAACUGAGAGGCAAGAUACAUGGUUUGCUGAUGAUUCUCCAGUUGUUAGAAAUAAGGCAAUUGCAAUAGCAGUUGGAGAUUGGUAUUUUGAGAGAACAGGAGUUAAGGUCAUUGAUUGCCCUUAUCCAUGUGACAAGACUUGCCACAAUUUGGUUUUCAGAUGAUCUGGAUUUUGUCAUUUGCUUCAUUUUUUAUAUGGGUCAUCCUUGUAUCAUUAGCUAUCUUUUAUUGAAGGAUUAUAAUUCAAAGAUAAUUUAUAUAGAGCAAUAAGUAUGAGUCUGCUGGGCACUCUAAAUAUGUGAUCAGCAGGCCUUUUGCAUUGAUGUUGCAGGGUGAUGGAAGUUGCAAAUGCAAUAUUGGUGCUUUAUUUAUGAUCCUUGUUUCUUGAA